AUGGAAGAACCCACCGAGAAGACCAUCCCUUGCCCACCCUCCCUGACAGCCUCAGCGCCCAAACUGCCCCCAGCGACAUCCCAAGCCCUCAUAGCCCACCUGCGGGCCAACACCAACGCCAUUCCCGAACUGUCAAACCUCCUCUCCGAUUCUCUGAAUCGCACAGGCUGGACCGACCGGGUCAAAGCUCUGGCGCUGGAACUCCUCCGCAACGGAAAAUGCGACACGUUCCCCGAGUUGAUGGCGGAAGUCAUGCGUCGGGCCAAGACACCCAAGGAGGAGAGCGGCAGCGGUAGCGCUACGUCCGCCAACAGUACCGACAAAACCAAGGAGGUGAAUGGCACGGCCACCACGGCCACGACUGCGGCAGGGACAGGUGAUGCGUCAACAGCGGGGGCACUAUCGGGUGGGGCAAAUAAUGGCAAUAAUGCCAUCGCCUUGUCCAAGGAAUGGUCCGGAGGGCCGGAUGGCCUUCCAGAUGUGAGAGUGCCGCUGGCCACCGUGGAGCUCGCCAUUGAGUUCCUACAAGAGCAGAUCGCCGAGGUAAUCGAGCCCGUGCGAGAUGACGAUGACGAGAGUGAUUAG